CAUUAUUUUCCAAAUGGAACAAGAAAACGGUCAUGUAUUGUGCGAGGCUUUCACCGAAAAUUUGAAAUUGUUCAGCGAUUUGUUCGAACUGGAAAAGGAAAAGUAUUACGGCCAAGUGGUACAACUACUGUGUGAUGUGUUGAUUUUACCCGAUAUUCUAAAUGAAGAAUUUUUGGAGCGAGUCACGACGUUCUGGUUGAAUGAAAUGGUCAAUUUUUCGAUGGCGAUCAAAAAGCGCGUUUUCAAUGCUCAUUUCAAGAAAUUCAAAGCAAUUGCGCGUAACAUCCCGAAACUCGGCUGUUUGGAAUUGCAAUCACAAGUUCUGAAAAUUCUUUACGCUCACAUGGACAACCCAAAGAAAUUCAUUCAAAAAUUGUUUGGCGAUGUCAUUGACGAAUCGCACUGGAUUCUGAAGGAAAUCAAAUCGAUCGAAAAGUACAACAAUGAUCAGAAGCAUCGUUUGUUGAAUCACGAUCUUUUGAAUUGCAUCAUUGGCAAAAAUAUUCGGUCAAACGAAAUCCAGGCUUUGCACUUCGACGAUAAAGCAGUCAUUCCGUAUUUGCCGGAUGAUCCGUUCUCGGUUUGGGAUCUUGAUACAAAAUCGGUUGAAUUUGCUGUAACACAAGAACUUAAAGCCAAGAUUGAAGCCCAGUCUCUACAGUCCUUAGAAUUCAAAAUCCUUCAAAAAACGCAAACGGUCGAGCAAGUCACAUUCCAUCUCCGCAAGGCGCUGAGUUGGAUUUGUGACAAGAGCCUGAACCAAAAACACAAUUUCGGAAAGGUGAAGAAGGUCGACAUGACAUUGACCCACCACGUUGAUGCCCAUCAACUGUAUAUUCUUUGUUCCGAAAUGUUUCCACAAAUUCAUGUGAGCGUCAAUCUCGUGAAAGAAGACGAGCCCGAAUUGGCCAAUAUCGAUUGGGAUGGAAAAUCUAAUCGAAUUGUAAUGUCGACACCUGAUGAGGUGUAUGAUAAGAUCGAGGCUAAUCCGGAGAGGGGGCCGUGGUUUAAGGUGGUGACGGAUGUUGAGAUAGAUGCUAAUGUCGAGCCUAUGGGAUCAGAUUUGAACACAGUGAUCCUGACAAAGACAGAAAAGACGAAGAAGGAUAUAAUGGAAUUUUUUGAACCAUCAUAUUACGAUCGGGUUAAUCCGACAAAAAACUCAACCAAAGCUAUUGAUAAAUGUAUCAAUAGUACAACGCCACCAGAGCCAAUAGCUGAAAAAACCACCACUGAUGACCGUCUUUCUGAUAACAAAACUACCACCACCCAAAAAGAUGUUAAAGAAGAAAAAGGAAACAAGGGUUCCAAGAAAACUCGAGGAACGAAACGGAAGCUGGAUGAAUUUCCAAAGCCAAUUAUUGUGAUGCAUGAGGACGUGAUUAUUGUGCCAAUUGACGAUGCAAAUAUUCAACGGCCACUCGUGAAGCCACCCGUGAAAAGAAAACCGAUUGUAAUCGAUGAGGAACCGAUUGAUGUCGAUAAUUACGUGGCAACAAAACGGGAGACAUGUUCGAGUCGAAAGACUCGGUCUGCUUUUGCAAAGAACAACAUUAAGCCGACGGAACUGCUUUCUGCGCAAACAAAACGGAUAGUCACACCAAAGUGUUCUCCCGUUCAAAUUGACGAACUUUCAAUUUCCGAAUUUGGUCGCAAAUUAACCGAUACAACAAGCACACGAGAAACACGUUCCACAUCGGCAAAGAAACGUGUCAAUGUCACUGAAUUGACGGAUUUACAACAGACUAGACGCAAGAGUGUCCGGCUUCAUACAAAAAAUGUCGUACAAUCGAAAGUGAAAGAAGAAAGUGAUGGAAAUGAGAGAGGAAAGUACAACAAUCGUCGCAAAUCUAAUUUAGCGAGUUCAGUGCUGCCAUCCAAGAGACAUCGAACAUAUUCAUCAUCUGACAGUGAUGAAUUUAUCGUGGAGACGAAUGAACGGCAAAAUAUCGGAGAGCAAUUUGAUUCGCUGUUAAUCGGUCCAUGUUCGUUCAAGGGUAAAGUGGCGAAAGACGCAAAAGUUUUGGAACAAAAGUAUUCAAAGGAGUUGAAGCAGAAGAAGCCGAUUCUUUUCUCAGAUGACAGCAGUUAAAUAUUUCUACUCGAAGGCGGGCCAAUUUUAAUUUUUAUUGAGAUUUUUUUAAAAUUAAA